AUAAAAGAGAAGAAGAGAAGAAGAGAAGAAGCAAGUUUUGUACGGAACACGAAGAAGAAGCCAUGGAUACGGAAGUUGAGUUCGAUAGGUUACUAAUGUUCGAACAAAUUCGUAAAGACGCAGAGGAGAACUACAAGUCAAACCCUUUAGAUGCCGAUAACUUAACGAGAUGGGGAGGAGCUAUGCUGGAGUUAGCUCAGUUUCACAGUAUCCCAGAUGCAAAGCAGAUGAUUCAAGAUUCUAUCGCAAAGUUUGAAGAGGCUUUGUUGAUUGACCCAAAGAAACAUGAUGCGGUUUGGUGUAUCGGGAAUGCAUACACUGCAUUUGCGUUUCUGACUCCUGAUGAGGCUGAAGCUAAGUAUAAUUUUGACUUAGCUGCUCACUUCUUUCAACAAGCUGUGGAUGAGCAACCAGAAAAUCCACACUACCUGAAAUCACUCGAAAUGACGGCCAAGGCUCCACAACUUCACACUGAGGUUCACAAACACGGGUUAGGCUCACAACCAAUGGGUGGUGUUGAACCCUCUGCAGCGCCGAGCUCAUCAAAGCAGGCAGUGAAGAAUAAGAAAAGCAGCGAUAAUAUGUAUGAUGUGAUGGGAUGGGUGAUUCUAGCCAUUGGUGUUGUUGCGUGGGUCGGUUUCGCUAAAGCUAAUGUGCCUGUGUCUCCUCCUCUUUAAGUAGACGCAAUAGGAGAUUUUGCUGGUGUUUUCGGUUUUUCAAGGUUUUGACAGUUAGAUCUUGUGUGAGAGCUUUAGACACACCCCACCUGAAGCACAUCCACAGUUGUAAUGUUUAUUAUUCCAACUUAUGAAAACAUAUUAUCAUUAGAAUAAAAAAACAUGUCUUUUGAGUAGAUGUAGACUUUUUGAUUUUA